AUGCACCAAUUUUGCAAGCGCCUAGUCUUCAAAGGUGCUAAAACAACUUUUGCUCUCACCAAAUUCAUCAUCAAAUCCUUCAAUCCAAAGUCCGACUCCGUCGCCAUCGAAGCCAUCUCAGAUGGCUUCGAUGAAGGAGGUUUCGGACAAGCAUCCGAUGUGUCAGACUAUUUGACGCGUAUGGAAAAGGCCGGCUCGAAAACCCUGGAGGAUCUCAUCCAAUCAUAUCAAAGCUCUAAUAACCCCAUUGAUUGCAUAGUUUAUGAUGCCUUUUUGCCAUGGGCUUUGGCAGUGGCCCAAAAAUAUGAUAUCAAAGGAGCUGCUUUUUUCACUCAAGCUUGUGUUGUGAAUUAUGUGUAUUAUUAUGCCCACCAUGGCCUGCUGGAGCUUCCGGUGACGGCCGCCUCGACGCCGGUGGAGCUGCCGGGGCUGCCGCCGCUCGAGCUUCCGGACCUCCCGUCGUUCAUAUACAAGCAUGGGACUUAUCCGGCUUACUUUGAGAUGGUGUUGAGUCAAUUUUCGAAUUUGGAGAAGGCUGAUUUUGUGGUCGUCAAUACGUUUUACAAGCUGGAAGAAAAGAUGACAAAAUCGUGGGGCUAG